AUGGAAAAAAAGAAUUCUCGUGCUGAGGACAUGAAAAUAUCAAAGAUGCAAAAAUCUUUGUGUAAGAAAGCAAAUGAGCUUUCUAUUUUAUGUGGAAUUGAGAUUGCAAUUAUCAUUUUCUCAAUUAGUGGUCAACCAAUUUUAUUUGGAAAGCCUGAUGUUGAAUUAGUGGUCCACCAUUUUCUGGAGGCCAAACACCCAGCUGCACUUCGAAAUUAUAUGAAGAUGAAAAAGAAGGAACUAAAAAAAAAGGAGAAAGGAAAAUCUAUUGAAGGUAAUUCAGAUGAUUUUGAGUCGCCUUCUGAAUUUGCUCCAAAGGAUUGA